AUGAAUACCUCACUCGGCCUCCUCCCUUCGCGAUCCCUCCUCCAACUCGGCCUGCGAUCCGCCUGUCGCCGCGCCGCAGCGACAUCUACCCCCAGCGCCAGCGUCUCUUUGGCGUCCCGGUUCCUCUCGACAUGUACCUCCCCUCGUACCGCUAGCAGACCGCCGUCAUGGUCGACGACACUGCACCGUAACCUAUGGCCCUCGGCAGCAGCCAGGGUGACACAACGAUACGCCUCCUCAGCCGCGAAAGAACCGGUUAUCAGAGAAUACGAGGACCUCCCGCUAGGAUACAAGGACAAGAACGGUCUGCGCUUCAGGGAUACAGAUCUCUCCGCCGCCGAGGUCAAGACCGUCUUCGGCCCCGGUAUCAAGCCCAAUGCCGCCAACCGGCUGCUGCGCAUUCUGCACGGCAGACGUGUGGCGGGAACCCUCGAUGAUCCGUCUUUCAGCAUCAACACCGCCGCUUUCACCGCCACACAGCGCGCUGCCGCGCUGGAGUACCUCCGCGAGAAUGUCCCCGUCGAUGAGAUCCUCAACGCCGGCCUGCGCGCCGAAGACGAGCUUGCGCAGCUGGAGAAGGAGCUCGCUGGGGAAACUGAGGAUAGCUCCACCGAGACUUCCUGCACCAAGUCUCUCAAAGACAAAGACACCGGCGAGACCGCCAUUAAGCCGGACCCCGUGUACGGGUACAGCGUCAUGGACGCCAUCCGCACCAAGAACCAGGCCAAAGCAAAGGCGGAGGAAGAGCGUCUCGCCAAGGAAGCAGAGGAAAAGGGUCUCCCGCCGCCGGGAACCGUCUCUGGUCCGCUUAUCGAGCGCCCGCCCAUGAGCCCGCGUAUGCAGAAGUGGAUGGAGGAGGGCACGUCUGACCUCGAAGCCCCGCCGCCGCUGUCCGUCUUCGAGCGCAUCCUCCCCUCCGCCGCCGUCGUCCUCCUCAUGAUCGGAAUCUUCUCCGCCUUUGCAAUGGUAUACACGCCUCCCCGCGAAGUCGACCGUCUCUUCCCCGAGGUGACGGCAUCAACGGCGACGGUCGGAGCGCUGAUCGCUCUUAACGCGCUCAUCUUCGUAGCAUGGCGCGUCCCGCCGCUGUGGAAAUUCCUCAACACAAACUUCGUCCUCGUCCACGGCAUGCCGCGCGCCGUCACCAUGCUCACGGCCAACUUCUCCCACGUCUCCCUGAGCCACAUCUUGCCCAACAUGCUCGGUCUAUGGUUCGUCGGCACGGCGCUGCACGACGAGGUCGGCCGCGCGAACUUCCUCGCAAUCUACUUCUCCUCCGGCGCCGUCGGCCUGCUCGGCAGUCUCGCCGUGUACACCCUCCGCGGCCUCCUGACGGUCUCCACCAUUGGCGCGUCGGGCGCCGUGUUCGGCGUCGCGACCGCCUACUUUUGGAUGCACCGCUUCGACUCGUUCAAGGUUCUCGGGUUCCCGCCCGACCCGAUGAACGGGCCGCAGGGUCUGGGCUUCAUCGGCCUGAUCCUCGGCGUGCACGUUUACGCCAUGUUUAGGCGCGGCAAGCAGACUAUCGAUUUGACGUCGCACUUGUUCGGCAUGCUUGCGGGCCUGGUCGGCGUCGAGCUCGUCACGCGGCGGAAGGAGAAGACUGAGGGGGAGCGUGUGGAGAAGAUGAGGGAGGAUCUGGUGAAGGACGCGCCGCCUCACGACGAGGAUGUCAAGGCGUAG